GCAUCGUCUGCUAAGAAAACGCUGGUUUUUUAAAGGGAAACCAAGGUUGUUGAGGUCUGUGGUGGGCUAAGCAGGUUGAAGGUUGCUGCUGGCUGCAGGGCCCUGUGGAGCAGAAUAGCUGUGCCAUUCCCCCUUUUUUCCUCUCAUGUCCCCCCCUGUGUGUUUCCCUGUGUGUUAGUGACCCCACACCCCACCCGCCCCCCACCUGAUCCCUCCUGUCGUGUCGCCACUCCAGCCCGAAGCCCCCCUCUCACCCCAUGCUUGGAACAAAGUCCGCUCACUGCCAGCCCGAUGACUGCCUGGAUCGUCCUGCCUGUCAGCCUGUCUGCCUUCUCCAUCACAGGGAUAUGGAUAGUCUACGCCAUGGCUGUGAUGAAUCACCAUGUUUGUCCUGUGGAGAACUGGUCUUACAAUGUAACGUGCAUAGAGGAGCUGGCUCGACCAGGCUUCCCCAAGACGUGCUGCACCAUCCAGGACAUCCCCCUCAUCAGUAAAUGUGGCUCCUUCCCUCCUGAAAGCUGCCUGUUCAGCUUGAUCGGCAACGUCGGGGCCUUCAUGGUGGUGAUGGUGUGCUUCCUGCGCUACGCCCAGGUGAUCGAACACAGCCACCAGUGUUGGAUCAACACCAGCGCUCUGGUGUCGGGCUGCACUAACGCCGUGGGCCUGGUCAUGGUGGGAAACUUCCAGGUGGAUCACGCCAAGUCUCUGCACUAUGUGGGUGCAGGGGUGGCGUUCCCGGCGGGGCUGCUGUUCGUGUGCCUGCAGUGUGUGCUCACCUACCGGGUGGCAUUGACUGCCCUCGACUACUGGAUGGCCCAUUUCAGAGUGGCUCUGGCCCUGGGGGCCAUGGUCUCCCUCGUCCUCAGCGGCAUCUUCUUCGUCCACGAGAGUUUCGUCCUGCAGCACGCCGCCGCCAUCUGCGAGUGGGUCUUCACGGUGGACAUCCUGGUCUUCUACGGCACCUUCACCUACGAGUUCGGCACCGUCACCAGCGAGACCAUGAUGGCGGGCCUGCAGCACUGUCUCCACCACGGCUCGGGGAUCCUCAUGGGCCCCAGAGCACGGGGCUCGACACUGGGAGGGGCCACGAAAGGCCUCAAGUCCCCCGGGGGGAGCAGCACCUCCACACACCUCAACUGCACGCCGGAGAGCAUAGCGAUGUUGUAGCUCUGCAGCCGGAGGUGGAGGAGAGGCUCUGACAUGUUUAAACAUUGGACCUACACCAGGUGACCCAUCUGUAAUGCUGUACUAUCCCUCCCUUCGUUUCCAACGGUGACGCGCGCCGCUACAGGGAAGUUUCCUGUAGCCAUGUUGUAAAGAGAGGCUGAAUGUGUGGAGCCAUGAAUGUUUUCCAAGAUGGCGGUUUGAUUUGUUUUUAUUUCCUGAGCGACACUUUUUCCUUUUUCUAACUUUGCAUACCUGUUGUGCCCACAAAGUCCCCCCCCCCCCCCCCCC